AUGUUCGGAGUGAUUUGCGCUGGCAGGGAGGCACAGACUGAUUUCCAGCAAGUCGACAACAACAAGUACGGCAUCCAGAUCCAGAAUGGAGGCACAGUGAAUCACAUUGUGGUCUUCCUGCUCCCUGGAGCUACUCUAGACCCUACUGUCGCAGCAUCAGUAUACUUCCAGCUUCCUGGAACCGAUUUCCAGCUUCUAGGAGCACUAUCCAGCAGCAAGCCUUCAGCGAUUUUCAAAUUGAAAAACACAGGAUCUCUUGUUAAUGAUACACUCGAUCCGGAUGAGAUGGUUGAUGAGGGAGCGCCACAGGAACAGGUUCCCAUCAGCAUAGGUAUCAGCAUAGAGCCAAUCAACACCGUGGAACAGCAAUUGGCAGCGCUAAAGGCUAGCAGAGACUCCAACAGUGCUCUGGUGAGCGCAUCGGCAGUAAAACCCACAGUACAGAAUUCUCAACAGACUGCGGUGCUGGCCAACAAGAUCAUUCAAAACGCAUACAACUACUUGUCUGGAUUCACCGUCAACAACAACAUGGUGUCCAUGAACCAUUUCAACGACUGGUGGAGCAAGUUCAAGUCAAAGAUGGCAAACAACCCCAGCUUCUUGGACAAUCUAGACUAG